AUGAGACCAUUAAAAUAUCACGAACAAAAACUUUUAAAGAAAACCAACUUUCAACAUUAUAGAAGAGAAAACCAAAAGGAUGUUGUAAAUAUUGGUAAAUUUGGUUUAAAGGGUAAAGAAGAAUAUAGUCAAUAUACAAAAUUAGUUUUACAAUAUAAAAAAGUUUUAAAUGAAAUUAGUGAUCUCGAUGAUAAAGAUCCAGUUAAACAAAAAUUAUUAAAUGACUUAGCCGAUAAAUUAUAUAACAUGGGUGUUAUUGAUUUAAAACAACCAUCAGAAUUAGUUAAAGUUAAUGCAGCUUCAUUCUGCAGAAGAAGAGCUGUUGUAAUGUUAGUUAAAAAGAAGUUUGCAGAACAUUUAACCCAAUCAUUUGGUUUAUUAUCACAUGGUCAUAUCAGAAUUGGACCAGAAGUCAUUCAAGAUCCAGCUUUAAUUAUCACUAGAAAAUCAGAAGAUCUUUUAACAUGGGUAAAUGGUUCAAUGAAGAAGAAAGUUCAAGAAUACAAUGGUAUUUUGGAUGAUUAUGAUUUAAAUAAUUAG